GCUGGGCCUAUCGCUGUACCAUGCCCCCAUCAGAACUCCCAUGGCGACUCCCCCCGCCGCCGCCGCCGCAUCCAACCGCGACGAAGCCGACCUCGCCGCCGCCAUCGGCUGCUGCGCGCUGCGCCGAGGACGAGGCCCACGUCGCCCGCCGAUCUUACUGCCGGAGGCGCCUCCGCGCCGGGCGCGUUCGCCAAGAUACCCGCCGUGCACGGGCCUUUUCGUGCGGCGGCGCAAGACCUCCACGCGAAUGGCUGGGCGAGCUCAACGCUCCCGUCAGUCUGGAAGAAUCCUCGCGUGGAUUCUGCAGUGGUUACGGAUUGGGGAACCAAAGCUGUCGCUCUUGUUUGAUCCCACGUGGCACGUGCCCCAAAUCGGAGUCCCUUAUGGAUAAAGUGAAGGAAGCCAUGGGGAGGAGUGAAUUAGCGAGGAGGAGAUUAGAUUGCCUAAAGUUCCCAAGGCUGCCUGAGCUUUGCUCUCUGCGGUAUGAUCUGGCCAUUUCCACUCGCUCGAUAUCUUGCAAUGAGGAGGUACCAGAUAGCAAAACUAUACAGGAGAUAUAUAACCCAUCAAAGGGAAGAUAC